AUGAGCGUUAAACACAGGAGGAGGAUCAUCACUGAGGAUCCAGACUGGUCCCUGGAACAAGUGCCUUACCUGUCCAAACUCUGUCUGCAGGAAAUCAUCAAGAACAUAGAAGUUCUUCCUAUAUAUGGAGAACUGGGGCCUUCUGAGCAGAAGUUCAUCCAGGAGAAGCUACCACCGAAUGCUCCCCUCACAGUCACGGCCAACCUGAUCCCCGACGGCGUCUACUGGGAACGCCGCUCCAAGGAACUCUGGGACAACUGCGACGUGUCCUACCAUGGCCAGAGCUGGAAGAGACUGUUUUUUGAGCGCUACUUGGAGGGACUAAUCGAAGCGUUCAUCCCUGGAGAAACCAAGCUCAAAACCAUCCUGGAAAUGGUACCUCUGUGUAAAGAUUAUGUGAAAGGAUUGGAUAUUAAAGAGCUACUCCUGCCGAUUAAAACACUACAGAAGAAGGAGGAAGAGGAGGAACAUUCCAAGCUGGGCAGUAUCCACGAUGAAGAGGACAAACCUUUUCUAGACCAUUUUAAUUUCAAUGUCCUGCUGGAAAAGCUGGACAACCUGGAAGAGCUCCACCUGGUGUACAGAGUGAAGCAGUGCGGCAUCAACUACCAGAAGGAUAUGUUUCGGAUGACGCAGAGGGACUGUGAGACGCUGGCUCAGGCUGUCAAGUCCUGCAAGACUCUCAAGGUUCUGCACCUCUACCACAGCAUGGUCGAUGACACUCAGUGCAGACUUCUGGUUGAACACUUACUGGACCACCCAUCUUUGACCAAGCUGGACCUCAGUUUCAACUGCAUAGAAGACAGAGGAGCCAGAGCCAUCGGCAAACUGCUCACCCAGAGUAAACUGAAGACCCUCAAACUUUACAACACCAUGAUCAGAGACCACGGCGCUAAAGCCAUCGCCCACGGCCUCUCCACUAACACCACUCUGGAGGAGCUGAACCUGAGCCUGAACCGUGUGGGGGACGAAGGAGGGGAAGCCAUCGCGACCGCUCUGGUCAACAACUCCUCCCUGAAGACCCUGGACCUGGGGGGGAACGAGGUGGGCGAGCUGACCGCCAUCGCUCUCUCCAAAGUGCUCAUCCAGAACCCAACCCUGACAAGGAUCAGUCUCCUAUUCUGCAAACUGGGAGUGGAAGGAGGUAAAGCCCUGCGGGAGGCCAUGUCCAACAACAGCACUGUGCUCAGGUUUGUCCUGGACUGCACCGACAUCGAGGAGGACGACAUGGACUUCAUAAACGAGGUGGUGUGGGCCAACGAGGAGCGGGUGUCUCUUAAGUCAAGACCAAAACUGUACCAAUCUGUGGAAGAGUGUUCCACUAAGUUCAUUUCUAGAGAACAGUCGACCGAAGCAGACGCAUUUGUUGAGCUCUCUACGCAGUUUCUCUACAUAAACAGAAAGAUGUUCAGACGCCUCAUAUGUUGUGCACAGGAUGUGCAAGUCCUGAAUCCAGAUGACAUCGAGAACAGCUGUGAACCCCCCAAAACAACUGGGUGUUUAUCGUGGUUAAGAUGUCUUUUAAAAAAGAAAAAGGCCCAAUCUCCAUCAGAAAAAGAGGCUAGUAAGAGCAGUAGGCCUCUCAGGUUCUGGAGAAAGAGGAACAAGGUUUGCCCUUUUCCAAUCGAAGAACCAGACCCAACACCAAAGGCCAGGACGCCAGUACAGGCCCGGGUUGCAGAGUCCACAAAGCCCAGCUGUGUACAGACUGGAGGAAAGGUUUCCCCUGAUGAAGUGACCAAGGAACAGAACUGUCCUCCAUCAGUAUUCAAGUGUCUGGGUUUUAACCAACAGAAAUGCCCCAAUCCUCCUAAGCCUGUUCCUUGCCAAACAGUGACGGUCAACCUGGCGCGCUUUGGACUUCCCAACAUUGGAAAUACGUGCUACAUCAACGCCAGUGUUCAGAGCAUCAUGACCCUGGAGCUGUUCAUGGUGAGCGUGAGCUCUCAGAAGAGAGUUUGGGUGAAGAGCAGAGACGCAGGCCUGUUGAGACACCUUUACUCCAUCCAAAAGUGGAGAUACUCCACUCAGGAAGAUAAGAGGAACACACUGAUGCGCUCUUUCAAGGCCCUUGUAGCUUCCAAGGCUCCAGAGUUUACAGGGUCCCAACAGCAAGACCCCCAUGCGUUCCUCACUGCGUUGUUUAGUCAAAUUCAAAGUUUGGCACCAACACUGCAGAGAAUUGCUUUGAGCCUGGGCACUACCUACAGGUGCCCAGUGCAGGAGCUCAUCUUUAACAUGGAUCAGACCAGGACCUGCCAGAGGUGUGGAAUGGGCUCACGUCACACAGAGAUUUUUAACUCUGUUUCUCUGAACCUGCGUAAAGAUGCUACGGCUCAGGACCUCCUGGACGACUAUUUGAAAGCCACAGACCUGGAGUACAUGUGCGGCUGUGGUGAGCAAAUGUCCUCCGUACAAAACAGCUUUUCGACACUGCCCGAAGUUCUGAUGCUCCACCUGAAAAGGGUCAGGUUCACACCCAGUUACCAGCUGGAGAAGUUCAAUGAUGCCGUCUACUUAAACAGAGACCUUGUGGUGUCGUCAGACAAUGAUUCUGGCUGUUUCAGUCUGGUGGGUGUCAUUUCCCACCUUGGAAACUCGGCCGACUGUGGACACUACGUGUUUGAUGGGCAAGACCUGGCCGACAGUCCCCUUGAGCCAACCGAUGGGUGGCUGUGCUAUAAUGACCUCCACGUACAGAAGGCCACUGGGUGGGACGUGUGCAGGAGCAAAGAGAAUAGUGCUUAUAUCCUUUUUUACCAAAGGGUGCACUUUGACUAG